UUGCCGUAAAUGAAAUUCCAUUAGAUUAAAUCGUUUAACAACACGGUCGCCGGAGAGAUGUCCAGAGCUCAGAUAAGCCACCGGAUUCUGACGUGCGACAGCCGGGAAAUCCAUGUUUCAGGUGAUCCGGCGAUCAACUUGUCGGACGACACCGUUUUUCAGUUUCUGAGCGAAGAGUUUGAGGGGACGUCGCCGACGAGCAGCGUCGGAGACGAUGAAGAUGAAGACGAAGAAAUCGAAGAAGACAAUCGGAGGGAUGAAAUCAAUCGGUUUUGGGAGAGUCAACAUCACCUGUUGCAAUCAACAAUACGAAGAACGACGUCGUUGGAAUUAAGAAUCAGAAGCAUCACUAAGGAAGCAGUAAGCGAAGCACGGUCCACGGGGACCGUAUGCUCCUGCGGCGGCCGGCGAUUCGACGGCGGCUGCCGGAAAUGUCUGAUGGAGGCGGUUUGCCGCCGCCUCCAAAACGCAGGUUUCGAUAGCGCGAUUUGCAAGUCCAAAUGGAAAAACUCCGCCGACAUACCCUCAGGCGAACACACGUUUGUAGACGUAAUGGACAGAUCGAAUCCGAAGAAGGAAGUGAGGGUAAUAAUCGAGUUGAAUUUGCGCGGAGAGUUCGAGAUGGCACGGACACACCAAGAGUACGACAAUCUGGUGAAAAGGUUGCCGGAAGUCUUCGUCGGAAAAAUGGAAAGGCUGCUGGAGCUGUUGAAGAUUGUGUGCGGCGCAGCGAAGAAGUGUAUGAAAGAGAAGAAAAUGCACAUGGCGCCGUGGAGGAAGUAUCGUUACAUGCAGGCCAAGUGGCUGAGAACCUGCGAGCGCCUGACGGCGCCGCCUCGGCGGCCUUUGACGGCGGAGAAAUAUGCCGGCCGGAAUCCCCGGCCGACGGCGUCGAUGCUCACUGUCGACUUGAAGAAUUUUUCGAGCUUGCAUAGGGCAGCCGUUGCUGUAGUGUGAAUGGAGAUUUUUUUGUAUUUUUGUUUUUUUUUUUUAAGAAAAUAUUUAUUUAUUUUAUUGUUUGGUUGUGACGUGUGAGUAUAAAAAAUAAAAUUAUAUUUACGAUCAAGCGAUAA